CGCACGCAAUUCUGUUUAACCAACUCCACGGCUCCGUUCAGGAAAAGCCUCCUUUGCUUCAAGACGAAGCUUCUGGGACGGUCUUUUUACUUGCUGCCACCAUCUCGUUUGCCCGCCGAGAGAAGCCGCCGGCCACCGAGAUCCCUUCUUCUUAAUUCUCAAACUUAUCGCUCUGUCGUAGAAUUUCAGGUUUAAUUAGGGUUUCGCAAAUCUCGAUGAAAUCAUGGGUGAUUUCAAGGAUUCAGUGUCAAAGUCGGUUAGCGAGACGGUGAAUGGGUCGCACAAGUUCACGAUCAAGGGGUAUUCGUUGGCGAAGGGGAUGGGAGCAGGUAAAUGCAUCUCGAGCGACUUUUUCACGGUGGGCGGAUAUGAUUGGGCGAUUUACUUUUACCCGGACGGCAAAAACCCGGAGGAUAACACCAUGUACGUCUCGGUGUUUAUUGCGCUGGCAAGUGAUGGUACCGAUGUGAGGGCUCUGUUCGAGCUCACGCUUAUGGACCAGAGCGGCAAAGGAAAGCACAAGGUGCAUAGCCACUUUGAUCGUGCGCUUGAGAGCGGUCCCUACACUUUGAAGUAUAGAGGGAGCAUGUGGGGAUACAAGCGUUUCUUCAGAAGGAUAACUUUGGAAACUUCUGACUAUCUAAAGGACGAUUGUCUCAUCAUGAACUGCACUGUUGGAGUUGUCAGAACUCGCCUUGAGGGGCCAAAUCAAUACUCCAUCCCUGUACCACCAUCAGAAAUGGGUCAGGGUUUUAAAGAGAUGUUAGAAUCUGAAGUUGGUUGUGAUGUGGUUUUUCAGGUUGGUGAUGAGACAUUUAAAGCUCAUAAAUUGAUCCUUGCUGCCCGUUCCCCUGUUUUUAGUGCACAGUUUUUUGGACUUGUUGGGGAUCCUCCAAACUUGGAUGCAGUUGUAGUGAAGGAUAUCGAGCCCUCAAUCUUCAAGGCAAUGCUCCUUUUUAUUUACACAGACAAGCUUCCUGAUGUACAUGAGGUUACAGGCUCAACAUCUAUGUGCACAUCCACCAACAUGGUACAGCAUCUAUUAGCUGUUGCUGAUCUCUAUAAUCUGGAUCGACUGAAAUUGUUGUGUGAAUCAAAAUUGUGUGAGGAACUGAAUGCUGACACUGUGGCAACAACUCUUGCACUGGCUGAGCAGCACCAUUGUACACAGCUCAAGUCCAUCUGUUUAAAAUUUGCUGCAAGUCCAGCAAACUUGGGAGGUGCGUAGGAGAAAGAAGAGGAGUUUGAGCCUGGUGGAACAAGUCAGAAAGACAAGGAUGAUGAUGAUUUGGUGGCUGAGCAAGAAGAAUUAGAAGGAGCUGACUUAGCUGGAUCGCCAUUCACUUCUAAAGUUAGGUUUCGUCUCAACAACUGGCAUGUGACUUGUGGAGGCAAGGACUGCUGUCUCAAGGCAGUUCUUUCCCUGUGCUUGGAGAAUUUUAGGAGCUCAAGGUUGAAAAUCUGUUUCAAGUUGGAGAAUAUGGACACAUGUGGGCUAUCAACAACUGGCAUAAAGUAACAAAUUGCCUUUUUCUGAAGCCCUUUACAGUCUGAAGAUUUUGAAAUGGUUGUUGUUUCCAAAUUAUCUUGGCUUCUUUCAUUAAGGGGUUUUCUUAUUCAUUUAUUGGGAACUAGGUAAGAUCUGACAAUUGUACUAUUUUAGCAGGCAGACUAUGUGGUGAAUUCUAUUGUUUUCCCUUUUUUUAAGGCUAGAUGAUUUUUGUUUAAUUCCAUUUUGGAUCAUUGUUUGGAUGGAUAAUGGGACAAUAGACUGAUGACAUUAUGCAAGGAUGUAUGGCAGUUAAGACAUGGUAAAUAAGAUCUAUACCUUAUGUAGAGAAAUGAACUUGAGCAGGAUAUGCUCUAUGCUGAGUAGAAUGCUUUGAAUGAUAAUUUUCGUCAUUUAUCGCUUUUGAAGUAUUAUAUUUGACAUAUAUUGGAGCUGACUGCACCUGUUGUUCUCUUGACUUUUGCAACAGACGUAUGUUGUGAGGCCAUGUACUGGUGAAUUUUACAUAUAUGG